AAGGCCUGCGCAAGUGGAUGGUGCAGCACGGCGGGGAUGGCUGGGUGGUAGAGAAGAACAAGAAAACUGUGCCCGGGGCCCCCUCACAGACCUGCUUCGUGACUUCCUUCAGCUGGUGUCGCAAGAAACAGGUCGUGGACUUGGAGGAGAAGGGUCUGUGGCCAGAGCUGCUGGACAGUGGUGGUGUGGAGAUUGCUUUCUCUGACUGGUGGGGAGCCCGACAUGACAGUGGCUGUAAGUACCGUCUCCUUGUCAAACUUCUUGACGCUCACCAGAAUGUCCUCGAUAAGUUCUCGGCUGUGCCGGACCCCAUUGAACAAUGGAACAACAAUAUCUACCUGCAGGUCUGAAGGUUGUGACACAGCACAUCACAGGAAUUCUGACACCUGAGCCACACCUGACAAACCACUCUGGAGCCCCCAGGGGCUUUUCUCAAUUCUGUUGUGGUCUGUGACAGUGACCUCCUUCAGCCUGCUCCAUGAUGCCACUUUAGGAAGACAUUUUGACUCCUGGGUGCAGCCGUUCCUGGGAUUGACUGACAUUUUUCAGGCUUCCGGCUGGAUGCACGAUGAAAUGCAGUGUGGUGUAACACUGCUCUGAAACUGUUGAAAACCCGAGCUUCCACUGCGGCCCGUCCCUUGAUACCAUGUGAGUUCCUAUCUAACUUAGAGAAACGUGCCUCCCACCCAAAUGGUUUUUGUCUCUUUUGCACCCAACCCUUACAGGCAAAAAGCAUAAAUGAGAAUAUUGAAGUGAUGGUUUGGAGACCCUGGGGAAACAGUUCCCUGGGGAAGAGCACCUGCUGCCUUUCCCGAGGACCUGAGUUUGCUUCCCAGCACCCACAUCAGGUGGCCCACAAUUACCUGUGUGUAACUCUAGCUCUAGGGGUUGGGACGCCCCCUUCUGGUGUUCAUGGGUGGUGUCCCACACCCACCCAACCACAUACACAAAAGAACAAACAAAUCUUUUCCUUUUGAGUGAUGGGAUGAGGCAAAGGAGAUCAUGCAUCGUUAAGAGCAUUGUUCUCACAGAGGAUCUGGGUUCUGGUCCCCGCACUCACACUGGGCAGCUUACAAGCUCCCGUAACCCCAGUUCCAGGAGAUCUGGCGCCCUCUUCUGGCCUCCUCGGGCACUUGCACAUACACAUAGUGCACACAUGCAUUCGUUUAGUCACGCAAAAUAAAGCAAUAAAAUAUUUUUGAAAUGAUGGAGGGGGACCAGGCAUACUGGUACACACCUGUAAUCCCAGCACUUAAGUUAUGGAAACAGGAGGAUCGACAGCUUGCAGCUGGCCUCUACUAUAUAGAGAUCUUGAGGCUAGCCUGGGAUACCUGAAAAUUAUGACAACUUAUUUUCCCCCACCUACCCUAAAAAAUGAAUAGGUAAUUGGAACACAGUUCAGUGGUUGAACACCUGUCUAGAAUCCCCUAG